CGAUGUAUCGGAAAAGGCUUUUGCGGCAGCGUUUGGAUUGCUGAAGAAGACAGCACAAGCAUCGUCAAGCGCGAGGACGGAGGCCCUGGACGAUCGAUCACGAAUGACUACAACAUGCAUCUCAAGAUCAGUCAGAGCAUCGAACAACACCCAAUUUCUAUGCCGCUCGCAAUACCUCAAUGUUAUCAGCUUAUCCAGUCGAGCGACCUGUCCUGGUGGGACCUGUGUCUCAAUCGCUUCCCAACUGGCUAUGAAGAGUGCAGAGCGCUCAUAUCGGAAAGAAUCCCCAAGGUACCCCGAUCAGUCAGCGACAAGAUCGUAGAUCUAUCUCUGCCUGGAAACCCACCUAUCGCUGCCUUUGUGAAGGGUAACAAAGAUGAUGGUGACUGUCUCAUUCGACCCUACCUAGGCCGGCGGAGGGGGAAUAGAUUGAAAAGCACAUCGCGUUUCCAGCGUUUCAGUCUCCGAAACGUUCCGCUUCAUGUUAACCAAAUGGAGGAUCUCUGCCUCGAUAUUCUCGCUUAUGCGAUGACUAUGGCGGACGCGCUUGCCUUGAUGUACUGGGGUGCUGGAGUCGACCUGGAUGAUGUCGAGUUCGUUCUUGCGCCUCCCAGAUCCAUGUCAUCGCCAACUUUCCUAUCUGAGUAUCUCGGCGAGCAUGUCAUGUGGAUUAUGGACUUUGAUCGUGUGAAGCAUAUGUCUAUGGACGGAGAUGGGCUGGAGCAAGCGUGUGCUGCAUUCUUCAGGAACGAUCCUUACUACCCCCGACCAGGUGGCACUGAGGCAGCUGAUGAUGAACUUUGGGAGGCUUUUAAGGCGAGAUUCUUGGAGACAAGCUUGAGAAUUUUAGGGGAAGGAAGU